AUGUAUGCACUGGUUCCACAGACCUGCACUGUUCUAUGCUGGGAUGAGGGUGGACGACAGACGUGUGGAUUCCUGAGUCAGUGAGCGGUGCAGAGUGUAGCUGUCUCUCUAGCUGUGAGCAGCUGCUAACUCAGCCGUGAUGCUGCAUGCAGCCCCUGCAGACGCUGUGCUCCAGCCACUCUGCAAAGCGAGUCUAUCUGCCAAGUGGGUGAAGGGCUAGAAAGUGCUGGAGAGGAAAGUCGGCUGCGCCCGUCCCCCUGGCUAGCUCGGAAUGAGCCGCUGCUGUGAUGUGCAAGAUGUCUUUCAAGAGGGAAACACCACUCGCAAAUGCUGCAUUCUGGGCUGCAAGAAAAGGAAACCUGGCUCUUCUUCAGCUGUUGUUGAACAGUGGGCGAGUAGAUGUGGACUGCAGAGACAGUCUUGGCACAACAGUUCUGAUGGUAGCUUCUCAUUAUGGCCACAUAGAAUGUGUGCGGGAACUGGUGUUACAAGGAGCAGAUAUCAAUCUGCAGAGAGAGUCUGGCACGACUGCUCUGUUCUUUGCUGCACAGCAAGGCCACAACGAUGUUGUGAGGUUUCUCUUUGAAUUUGGCGCUUCUACUGAAUUUACAACAAAAGAUGGGGGUACUGCUCUGUUAGCAGCUUGUCAGUAUGGUCACACACGAGUGGUGGAAACUCUAUUGAAGCAUGGUGCCAACAUACAUGAUCAGCUUUGUGAUGGAGCUUCUGCACUUUUUCUGGCUGCCCAGGGAGGUUAUCUGGAUGUCAUCCGAUUAUUAUUAUCUUCAGGAGCAAAGGUCAACCAGCCAAGGCAGGAUGGAACAGCUCCGUUGUGGAUUGCAUCUCAGAUGGGUCACAGCGAGGUAGUGAGGGUAAUGCUGCUCCGGGGAGCCGAUCGAGAUGCUACACGGAACGAUGGUACCACUGCUUUACUUAAAGCUGCUAACAAAGGGUACAAUGAUGUUAUAGAGGAAUUGCUCAAAUUCUCUCCCACCCUUGGCCUGUUGAAGAAUGGGACUUCUGCUCUCCAUGCAGCAGUGCUGGGUGGCAAUGUUAAAGCAGUAGCACUACUUUUGGAAGCAGGAGCAGAUCCUUCUCUUAAGAACAAGGCAAAUGAACUGCCAGCAGAGCUAACACAAAAUGAACGCAUCCUCCGGCUCCUCCGAGCAAAAGAAAAGCAGAGGAAAAGCUAACACAGUUCUGUCGGAUGUAGUUUGACAAAGAGGAGCCCUUCCCACACUGGCACUAAAGCAAAUCUGGUUUUGAAAAUGGCUUAUUGAACCUAUUUGCAGAAUUGAUUUAGCAUGUCCAAGAUACCACUGUGUGAACAUGGCCAGCCUUCAGCACAAGGCAGAGGUGCACUAGAGCACCAUUAAACUCAGUAGGAGUUUCGCCAUGGGCUUCAGUAAGAUAAGGCCCUAAAGGCUUGUUUGUACCACAGUUCUGUCCAUACUUGAAAAUCACUGUUUCCAGCAUUGGUAUGAGCUCCUAAAAUGUUUGUAGUACACCUCAUAGUCACAAACAAGUGCUCUAGCCAUUGCACAGGCAUUCCGCCUCUUGUUAUGAUUGCACCAGCUGAGAGCAAGUCCUAAUACCUCUAUGCACCUGUGAACCAUUCAGUCCUGAUGUGGGUGGGAAACUCAGAUGCACUGGUCAGUUAAUAUCCCUAGCAUAGUCCCACAAGGCUUCAACCCACCCUUCAGUGAUGGCAUUGGCAGUUUGGAGACCUGGCAGUGUCCACCUUCCUGUUCCAAACAGGCCUGAGAGAAAGUUGUGGGGUGCUCGCAUUUGGGUGGCUACUCAGGAGAGAUUCAGGUGCCUCCCAGCUGAUUACAGUGCCCACAGUCAGCAGCAUAUGUUUGAGUUGGUGGUGCACAUCCACACAUGUCUCAGUGCACAUAAAAUUUAUUCCACACUGAUGGAAAAAAUAGAGGGAAUAUUGGGUGCUCAUCUGGUCUCAGUUGUGUUCCAUAGCAUCGUCCCUGUUCGCAGCCACCUGUGGGCGGGAAUGUAGAAUACAAAAUAACCUAUUGAAAUAAAAAUGUUAUUUAGAACAAGGAAAAAUUUAAUUGACCAGUAGGAAAACAAUUCACAAUACAAUGGGAAAGUUAGUGAGUGCAGACCCCACAGCAUCCCACACUAGAAUCUUCAGUUACAUAUGUAUUGGACUACCUUACUCUGGAGUUGGCAUGGAGCUGAGGUAACUGUUUCAUCUGUAUCUCAUACUUGCUUCAGACCUGAGAAGGAGACUUAAAUGAAAACAUAUCCAAGGCUAUCCCUCCCUCUUCUCAAGUAAAUCCUAGUUCUCUUCAUUACAAGCAAGGGGAUGUAAGUAACUUCUGGUUCUCCCCACUAUCCUUGAAAUCAGAACAUCUGCUAGAGGGGCGACUAUCUGAGCUGGGGAAGGAGGACUGGAGAAACUGGCUUUAUUUCAGUGCGUACCUCAGAGGGAAGUCCUCUCUCUAGCCACUGGCCUUGACUGCUCUGUUUGGAUUGUAGAGGGAGACACAAUAGUAAAACAAUCUGUUAUUUAAGCAACAACUCCUUAAAAUGGUCCAAAACUUCACAACUCACCCAAAAAGCUAUCAAGCAAAUGAGAGCAAACUCAUUUCCUUCUCAGAGUAAACUCUGACCUAUGUAGUACCACAGUUCAUCCAACAGUGAGUAUGGGGGUAGCCGGUGGCCUUCUGCAGUGUAGUUCUGUGAGAGCAGAAGCCCUUUCCCUCCUCAUGCAUGCUCAACUCCACGGAUAGAGCAGAACCAUAGGGAACUGUCACUGAGCAAACCAAAUGUUGCAUGUUGUUAACAUAUAUUUAGCUGUGAAGCAUGCCUGGAUGAGUGUUAUAAAUGUACAGUAUAUACUGUGCACAGUAUAUGACACUGUUUAGUGUUCACCAGCUACUAUGCAAUGCAGCUGCUCCAGGGAUCAGUGCCUGAAAUUAUAGGAGAGUGCCAUAUAAGCAGGUAUGUCAGAAGGCCAAAUGUAAUGUGGGCACAUUACGCCAGUUUAUACAAUAUAGGCCUGCUAGUGUAUCCAUAACAAAUGGCUGCCUUAAUUAAUAGUUCUAGAAUACUCAAAUGCUAUGAUUCAGUUCUAGAAUGCUCAGCUUGCUAUGAUUCAGACCUCUAGUAUAACUGGGACUGAUGCUAGUAAUUGUGUCAAGGACUCUGAUACAUCAUGAUCAGGUUAAGGGUUCUGUAAAGUAGAUAGGACCAUGACAUAUUUUAACCAUGAUCCUGUACCAUGCUACAUCAUUAUAAGGUAGUUAUUGCAGUCAGUAUACAUAUGCCCCAAGUCAUGCUAGUCAAAACCAUGUUACAGAUUUUCCUUGAGGAAGUUCAGACCAAUACUAAGUCAGUCCAUGAACAAAAUACAUUUGACCCACCUCCAGAUCAUGGCAAGUUGCUUCAAAGUGUUAGUGUGGACAGGACUUUGGCUCCCAAGAAAACAUGAACUUCUACCCCGUUAAAAGGCUGCAAGUGUGACGUUUAGUUGAAUCUCUGCAUUCUUCUGUUAGCUAAUAAAAAAAGAGUCACUUUACUAUUGCUUGAGGGAGUAUAGUUCACUUUAGUACAAACUGUUUUCUUCAACAUAUGGAUCAUAGCCAUAAUUAUUCAAAAACCAGGAACCUGGUACUUAGUGCAAAUUAUUCUUUUUCUUGGGGGCAAGAGCGGUAGGGGAGAAUCAAGGUCCUCCUGCUUAACAGAAGAAGUGAUGAAUGUACUUUUGCUUGCAAGUUACUGUUGCUAUAUAUGGUAGUAGAAGAGAAAGCUGAAUGCUUUCCUGUUAAGAGUAUGAGAUGGUACCAGAACAAUCUGCUGGAUUGGUUAUUUAACACUGUGCUUUCCUUGAAUUAAAGCAAUACUUCUGCCUAACUGAAUCUUGUAGACAAGCUAGUAUGGGAUUAAAGAAUUAUAUGCAUAGAUACCUAAAGCAUUGCUGUCUCCAUGACACUGAGCAUCUGCUCCUGCAAGAAGCUGAGAAGUAUUAAGCACCCUCAAACCCCAUCGACUCUAAUAGGGACUCUAGUGGUGUGGCACUUCACAGAACUGGACUUCAACUUUGUUACAUGCAAAAGUGAGACUUGUGUACAUUAAUAGCCCAGUGUGGAUCUGUGGGCUUGUUUUCUACAUUUGUUGUUUUGGAGGAAGUUAAUUGAUUCAAGGCAGUCCUGCCCCCUCAGGAGUAAAUCCAAUCCCCUCCCACCACUACAAGGAAGGAUCUCCCUGGAGUUUCUUCAGAGCAGCAGCGGAUGGAAACAACUAGAGUGAACCAAAGUCAUACAAAAAGAAGCUAAUUGUGAGACAGGCAGACAAUCAUGUAAAACUCUGAACAGCCAGCUUCAGUGGGUGAGCCAAGGACAAACAUAUUAGUCAUACAGUACUGGGCAAGCCACACAUCCAAAGGGAGGAAUAUUUAGUGUCUCUGACUCCAGAAGAGAAAGGAUUUGGGCACUGACAGGCCUUUUUUUCACCCUCUCCUGAUGUCAGAUUGAAGUAAAGAGGAUAGAGUAGCCAGCAGUGGCCCUGCUUGCAGCUGGAAUAAAGGAACUGAAACAUCAAAAAGUACAGGUGAUCUAUUUGUGCCGGUUGCUCCUCAGUCCUGGGAGGUGGUGGCACAUUUUCUCAGUGAGUGCUUGUCUCCAAAUCCUGCCUAAGAUGGGCAGAAAUCCAGGAGGGGUCGGUUCCUGACCUUUCCAUGUGUGUCUGCUCCCUGCAUUACUGCAUGACUUUUCUGAUUCUUGAGUCUGUUCCCACUUUCCUUCACAGCUGUCUAAUAGCUGUUGAAGAAUGUCUGGGAUUCUUGCUGCUAUGGGCCUCUUUUAGAGAUGUCAACAGCAAAGAGUGCACAUUAUCCUGGAGAGGAGAGAGCACUACUAGUUUCCUUGAUCCCUCUCCCCUUUUAAAAUAGAGCCAUAUUGGGCUUUGUUUAAAAAAAGGAGAGAGAGAGAAUCAGGGGGAAAGUGCCUAUAGCCAGAUUGGGGUUGAAAAACAGGAAAAAUUCUGAGUAUUUAUUUGAGCUCCAUGCUUCUAAAGGAGGCUGUUUCAAUCUCAAUUAUCUAUUAGUAAAACAAUCAAAGAUCCACAGCCCAAGUGCAGAUAGGAAAUGGUGCUUGGAAAUUGCAGCACCAUAUCUUCCCAUGCAAUGAAAUAUCCCUCCUCACAGAGUUAUAAUAGUUCUGUACACUGGGAUCAUGCCUUUCCUCUUCACAGUGCAGCACACACUUUAAAUAAUGGAAUUUUUUUAUUAUUCGUAAGCAGAGACCUGCUUUCUUUUCUCUUUGUUAUUGGAAUGAGUCAGCAUUUAUAUUAAUCACAAUACUUUGUGCUACUUUGCAUUUUCCCCAGGAUCCUAAAACACUUUAUUGACAUCACAGGCAGACCCCGACUUACAAACGGGUUACGUUCCAAACACCUAGUCAUAACUCGAUUUGGUCUUAAGUCGGAAAUACCCUUAAACGCGCUGCCCACGCUGUUCGAAAAACUUGAUGUACAUGGUUCUCAACUCAAAAAUAUUAUAAUGGGUUAAUGGGAAGUUGGUCGUAAGUGCGGAUGGUCAUAAGUUGGUGUGUUCAUAAAUCGGGGAGUGGCUAUAUUAGCUUCAGAACGUCUCUGUGAAAUAUGCAGGCAGAUAUAUACGAAUCACUUCAUCCACCACUGAAUUGCAUUCCUUUCUGGGAGAUAAAUGGAACUGCACCUUCUGAUAGCACCUCCACAUUUGGUCCAGAGGAGGUGUUAUAAUUUUAAUUCUUUUCUGAAUUCUAUUGUUCUCUUUGAUCUUUGGGGCUGUGCAUUUUAUAAAACGUAUGCACAUUUAUAUUGUUCAAUGAAAUAUAACUAGUCUACAGUCGGUAUAUUGCUUUGUCAGAACACACUUUUCCAUGCCAUUGUUCAAAUUAAAAUUGACAACACUACUCAGCUUCCCUUUA